CGUCAAGUGGACACCGGUAGCUAGCGUCAUCCCGAUUCAGAAAUACGCAUUCUUUCAAUAUACAUGUAGUUCUGUGCCACAGUUGUGAAUCUGUUCCAUCAAUAUGGUAAGGCUCCCUCCCUAAUUCUUAUUUUUCCGACGGUUGAGUUACGUUUGGCAUAGAAUUUAGCGUCCUGUCCAGUAGCUAUCAAGACAAGAUCCCUCACGCUACAGAAACAGGUGAAAUAUUGGCAUACCAUAUCGGCCAUUCUGGCUCAUACAUUACUUUAUUUACUGUGUGUCUAAAAAACACAGCUGCUGUCAAACCAGUGUUCAGUAAGCUCUGAGUCUGAUGCAUUUGUCCUCUUAAGGAAUAAAGUAUUAUUAGAAUCAACACAGUCUCAAAUCUUGCAAAUGAAUGUUAGAGAGGAUGAUGACACAAAAACAGAGGCAGAUAGGCCUGCAGGAAAUUCCAGAACCCUCACCCUGACGGUGUGCUCCGCUGCCAUCGGUGGCACCUUCCAGUACGGCUACAACCUCUCCAUCAUCAACGCCCCCACCAACCACAUCCAGAGGUUCAUCAAUGACACAUACUGGGAGCGCUGGGGAACCGGCCUAGACACCUCCCAGGUGACCCUGCUGUGGACCGUGAUCGUGUCUGCCUUCUCCCUGGGUGGCCUGACCGGGGCUCUUCUGGCAGGACCCAUGGCUGUCCGCUGUGGCAGGAAGAACUCACUACUUCUCAAUAACUCUUUCUUGUUCCUCGGUGCAGUCCUCGCCCUUACCAGUAGGGCGGCGAGGUCAGUUGAGAUGAUUAUUCUCGCACGCCUGCUAGUGGGGGUCAACGCUGGGGUGAGCAUGAACGUCCAGCCCAUGUAUUUCGGAGAGAGCGCCCCCAAACACCUGCGUGGCGCUGUGGCCUUCUCCUCGGCCGUGUUCACUGCGUUCGGGAUCUUCCUGGGCCAGGUGGUGGGUCUAACGGAGCUGUUGGGUACCGAGCCCCUCUGGCCCUACCUCCUGGCCAGCAACGCCCUCCCAGGCCUCCUCCAGCUGCUCACCCUGCCCUGGUUCCCUGAGAGCCCCCGCUACCUGCUCAUGGACCGGGGGAACAAGGAGGCGUGCGCCCGGGCUCUGGGUAGGUUCCGCGGUGGAGCUGACUUCAGCCUGGAGAUGGAGGAGAUGCUGCAGGAGCAGGCUGACGCCGGUGGGGCCACGGCCAAGAGUCAGACUCCCUGGGACCUGUUCUCCAACCGCUCCCUCCACCCCCAGCUACGCACUGUGAUGGCUGCUAGCAGCGCCAUGAUGCUGUGUGGUAAUGACUCCAUCUACUUCUAUGCCUCUUACAUCUUCCAAGCAGCAGGGAUCCCUGUGGAGAAGGUCCAGUAUGUUUCUAUCGGCACUGGGGCCUGUGAGUUCACUGCUGCCGUCGUGUGUAACCUGCUGGUUGAGCGUGUGGGCCGCAGGAUGCUCCUCAGUGGCGGAUACGCCCUGAUGGCGGUCUGGGCGCUGGUCUUCACCCUGGCCCUGACCCUCCAGGGCUACUCUAUCCCAGGGAUGCCCUAUCUCAGCAUGGUCUGUGUGUUCUGCUAUAUCCUCAGCUUCGGUAUGGGCCCUGCCGGGGUUACGGGAAUCUUGCCUGCUGAGAUCUUUGACCAGACGGCUCGGCCUGCGGCCUACAUGGUGGCUGGGUCCCUCAUGUGGAUCAACCUCUUGAUAGUAGGCAUGGCUUUUCCGUUCAUAGUGAGUUACCUCGAUGCGCUCUGCUUCAUCCCGUUCUGUUGCGUCUGUGUGGCUGCCUCUUUGUUUGUGGGCCUCACUCUGCCUGAGACCAAGGGCAGGACACUGGCUGAGAUCACAGCAGAGUUUGAUAGGAGGAAUCCUUUGAAGAAGGGCCCAGAGAAGCAGGGGCCCAAGCCCAUGAAGGAGCAAUAUCAGCUGGGUAAAGCUCUCUCUCUCACCACUGUAGACCCAGAGCCCCUCUCUCAUCUCCUAGACCCAGAGCCCCUCUCUCUCACAGCCCUAGACCCAGGGCCCCUCUCUCUCACCGCCUAGACCAGAGCCUCUCUCUCUCACGGCCCUAGACCAGAGCCUCUCUCACGGCACUAGACCCAGAGCCCCUCUCUUUCACUGCCCUAGGCCCAGUGUCUCUAUCUCUCACCGCCCCAGACCAGACCCGCUCUCUCUCACCGCCCUAGACCCAGAGCCUCUCUCUCUCACCGCCCUAGACCCAGAGCCUCUCUCUCUCAUCGCCCUAGACCCAGAGCCUCUCUCUCUCACCGCCCUAGACCCAGAGCCUCUCUCUCUCACCGCCCUAGACCCAGAGCUUCUCUCUCUCACCGCCCUAGACCCAGAGCCUCUCUCUCACCGCCAAAGACCCAGAGCCUCUCUUUCUCACUGCCCUAUACCCAGAGUCUGUCUCUCUCACCACCUAGACCCAGAGCCUGGGGGGGACAGUCUGGGGGUCUGAGGGUGGGGUAUUAUAUGAAUUAUAUUUAAUUAUGGUGUAUGAAUGUGGUGCCUUGGUCCCUAAACCAAUAGCCUAUACCUCUUUAUGAACUCACUGUAAUCAAGACUGCUGUUAUAAUGACAAAUUAAGGCUGUCCCCGACUAAAAAUAAAAUCUUGGUCGACCGAGAGUCUUCCUGUUCUUUCGACCAAUCAAA